UGCUCUCCGAUACUGAGCGAUGCUCUCCGAUGCUGAGUGAUGCUCUCCGAUGCUGAGCGAUGCUCUCCGAUGCUGAACGACGCUCUGCGAUGUUAAGAAAGAAAAAAGUCGCCUUUUCCCCCUUGGCUUUAGGUGUCGGUCAAAUGAUCGGUGGUGUUUGUCUUGCAGCUAUCACUUGUGGAUUAGGUAGUAGUUUAGGUAUAUCGUUAAUUAGUGAAGGAAUUAAUGAUAUUGUUUAUGGGAUACGUGGGGCCAUAUCUCGACGAUUUUCAUGGAAAGAUUAUGGUAUUCAAAAAGGUGUGAGUUUAACUAUUUGUUUCGUCACACUCGGCUGUUCAGCAGUCAAACAAGCAGCUCAAGCAGCUGGUACUACUGGAACAACGUCGAUGUUGAAAGCGACUGAUCGAGGAACGCUUACGAUAAUGAAAAAUAGUUUUCGAACUGUCGGUUCAGGUGCCCUCAAAGGUAUAUCAUCGACCAGCUGGAAAUUGGCCUGUAAACAAGUUGCGGUGACUUGUGUCGAAACUGGUGUUCAGCAAAUUGCGAAUUACGCAGCAAAUAGUGUUUCAAAUAAAGCUUUGUCCGCAUUCAUCGAUACUAUUCGUACAGAAAUCGAAUGUAUUCUUCUCGUUGAACAAUCAAAACCCGAAUAUGAACGUGUGGUCAAUCGAACCAUUGAUGCAGAUAAAUUUAAUGGAAAUAAACAAUGGCGACAACAGAUAGAACAAAUAGCUUCACAAUUGAUGUCGAAACAGAAAACGAAUAAGUUGAAGAACUUAAAUCUUUGUCCAGUGGAAGGUGCAAAACGUUAUUUGAAUGUUGUUGUUAAUGAUAUGUUUGAAAAAAUUAAAAUCGAUCCAGAAGGACGAAAAAAGUUUGAAGAACUUAAAAAACGAACAAAAAAUGAACCAGGAAAAGCGAAAAGUUACUCUGAAAAACUUGCGUUAGACAUAAUGAAUGGUAAACAAGGUGAUAAUGUUGUUUUGUCUGUCUUAGCAAUAAUAACUCAAACUCCGGUUACUGUGCUUCAAACAUCAUCGGAUGAUGCAUUAAAUCAAGAUCCUGACAAUCCGAAUGUUGAAUUAAAUUAUACACCAGCAAAGAUUGAUGAAACAACAGGAGCAUUAGUCGAUGGACAUUAUGAACCGACAAAGGGUAUGGCAGCUACUGCUGGAGCUGGACCUACCGACUGUUUAUUUGCUGCCAUUCUUAGUCAGAUGCCCGACAAAUUUCAAUCGAUUGCUGAUGUGCGAGCUCAAUGUGCUGCAUUCAUUUUAACUACUCCAAGUUUCAUCGAAGGUAUUUAUCCAGCCGUCAGUGUCAUGAAUCAAUGUCGAACACCACUUCGACGAAAGUUACUGAUGGGAGAAGGUGCAACAUUGACCCCAUCUCAAGAAAAAGAAAUUGAAAAAAUGCUUUAG